AAGUAGGGAAAAACAUCGCCGGCCUUCGUUGAGGUCCAACCCGAGCGCGGAAAUCCUUCUCGAAAAGGCUCCUCUUUUCCUCUCCGCGUCUUAGAUCUCCUUUUUCUCGAACGUAUAUAAAAGCCCUAGAGAUCUCGCCAGGGUUUCGAAGCUUGUUGUUCUCUUCUUCUUCUUCUUGAGCUUCGUGCUUCGUCUUUGGAUUAGGGCUUGUGGCGAUGCGUUCAGGGGAUGAGAAGCCCACUGAAGGUGGUGGGUUCUUCGCGGCGAUCUCGUCCAGCGUCAGGAGCUGGGGUUCCGCCAUGCAGAAAUCGGUUAAUGGUUUAAUGGGUUAUGAAGGACUCGAAGUGAUAAACCCUGAAGGAAGCACUGAAGAUGCUGAAGCAGAAGCCCAAAGGGGGAGGUGGAAACAGGAGGACCGUGAUGGUUAUUGGAAAAUGAUGCACAAAUACAUAGGAGCAGAUGUUACGUCAUUGGUGACACUUCCGGUUAUCAUAUUUGAACCAAUGACCAUGCUUCAGAGAAUGGCAGAGAUAUUGGAAUAUACUCAUUUGUUAGAUUUAGCAGAUGAAUGUGAGGAUCCUUACAUGCGUGUGGCCUAUGUUUCUUCAUGGGCAAUUUCUGUGUAUUUCGCCUAUCAGCGGACGUGGAAGCCUUUCAAUCCAAUCCUUGGAGAAACUUAUGAAAUGGUCAAUCAUAAUGGUAUCACGUUCAUUUCAGAACAGAUUAGUCAUCAUCCUCCGAUGAGUGCAGGGCAUGCUGAGAAUGAGCAUUUCACUUAUGACAUCACUUCUAAAUUGAAGACAAAGUUUCUUGGAAAUUCAGUAGAAGUAUAUCCUGUUGGAAGAACAAGGGUGACCCUUAAGAAGGCUGGUGUAGUCUUCGAUCUUGUCCCCCCUCCUACAAAGGUUAACAACCUUAUUUUUGGUCGCACAUGGGUUGAUUCACCUGGGGAGAUGAUUAUGACAAAUUUGACCACCGGAGACAAGGCCGUGCUAUAUUUUCAACCAUGUGGCUGGUUUGGGGCUGGUCGAUAUGAAGUUGAUGGCUAUGUAUAUAAUGCAUCAGAGGAACCAAAAUUAUUGAUGACUGGCAAAUGGAAUGAGUCAAUGAGUUGCCAACCUUGUGAUCUGGAAGGAGAACCUCUUCCUGGCACAGAAUUGAAAGAGAUAUGGAAAGUUGCAGCUACACCGGCGAACGAUAAAUACCAGUACACACAUUUUGCUCACAAGCUAAACAGCUUCGAGACAGCACCCAAGAAGCUAUUGGCAUCCGAUUCACGACUGCGGCCUGAUAGAUAUGCUCUUGAAAAAGGUGACAUGUCCAAGUCUGGUGCAGAAAAAAGCAGACUGGAGGAACAGCAGAGGGCCGAAAAAAGAAACCGAGAGGCCAAUGGGCACAAGUUUACUCCGAGAUGGUUCGACUUAUCUGGGGAGAUUACUCCAACACCAUGGGGUGACCUGGAGGUAUAUGAGUAUAAUGGUAAGUACACUGAGCAUAGGGCAGUAGUUGAUAGCUCAGGAUGUCAUGAGGAGGUCGAUAUUAACUCCAUCGCGUUCAAUCCAUGGCAAUAUGGUAAUGUGUCUGCUGAAUGACAUAUAUGCUCCUUUGAGGCCAGUGAGUUAGGAUUUCGAUCUGCUUCAUUAGUAUUUGCUGGGGUGGUGUCCUCUGACAUUCAUAUCAUUGUUUACUGUUGAGGGUUUGUAGAUGAUACUAGGCUCAUAUAAUCUCUGGUAAUUAUUAUGGCAAAUUCUAUUUAAUCCUGCAAUGCUUCAUUUGUGCGAUGGUGUUUCAUGAA